UACAACUAUGUAAAUAAUGAUUACGUAAACUCUACCCACUAUAUAAACCCUUGCGAGCCCAAAACUAACCACUGUAGCAGCUCUUUCAAGCCAAGCACUAUGUACAAACUGGUUAUCCUGUCUGUUCUUCUCUGCGCCGUCUUCGGUGCCGAAGUUAAACCGGUAGAAGAACCGAGCAAAGUUCCAGUCGCCGCCCCGUACUCCGCUUAUCCAUACGGAAUCCACGGAUAUCCGGGAUAUCACCCGUUCAACGGAUUCGCCGGUUUCCCCUACACGCAUAGCGCUUACAGCUCUCCCAUCGCCAAAGCUGCCUACAGCCACCAGUACCACUUCGCUGGACCCUUGGAAAACUCCGCAGUCCACCCAUAUCCCGUUUUGCACGGCUCGCCAUACGGUGUUGCUCCCGUCCCAAGCCACUUCGGGUACCCAGUCGCCUACGAUGCCUCGAGACCUGCCGAUUUUGGACGUAGCGUCCAGAGCAAAACAGAAUAAGUUUUCGAUAUUCGCUGUCAUUCCUUUUAAAAUGCAAUAGUUACUAAAUAAACAGAUACUCAACCUAG